AUGAUGAUUAGUGUCACACAGUCCUCCGGGUUCGGUGGUGGAGAGUUUUACUCCGGUGAGCGCAGGGCAAAACGGCGCCGAUCGCGAAGCAAAGAUGAUGUGGUCUUCUACGACAUGUUUGCUUCUGAUGACUCCGACACCGAUUCAGAAGGUGGCUCCAUCGAGAAAAAAGGCAGGAAUGAUCUGUUCAAAAAGCGACAAGCAAAAGAUGAAGAUAAUAUCGGUGCAUUUGAAAAACAUACAAAGGGAAUUGGUACGAAGUUGCUUGAGAAAAUGGGAUAUAAAGGAGGUGGUUUAGGAAAGAACGCACAGGGGAUCGUUGCUCCAAUUCAAGCCAAAUUGCGCCCCAAGAACAUGGGAAUGGGGUUUAAUCAUUAUAAAGAGUCGGCUAAUGUUCCAACAUUGCAAGAAUCAGUUGAUGAGAUUAAGGUUUCUGGUAUUCAACAAAAAGAGAAGCCAUUGCUGAAACAAGGUAGCUCAAAAAAGAAGGAAAAAGAGUACGUAACUGCAGAUGAGUUCUUCGUGAAGAAACAAGAACAGGGUCUUGAUGUAGUUCAGAAUAUGAGGGGCCCACAAGUUCGUUUGUUGACUAAUUUGGAAAAUUUAAACUCUGAAGAAAAAUUAAGAGAGAAUGAUAAUAAGCCAAUGCCGGAGCUCCAACAUAAUAUCAAUCUAAUCUUUGACAUGGCAAAACUUGAUAAAAAGAAAAUCCUCCAGGACUUGAGAAACGAAAGGGAGACAUUUGUCAUUUUACAUAACGAAAAAGAGAAGCUAAAAGACAAUGCUGCUCUUGAGAAGAAACAACUCGACACCAUUGAAGAAAUGGUUAGUGUAAUGGAACGGUUACGCUUGUUAGGAACAUCGACUUUAGAAUCUCUUGCCACGUCAUUCGUUGACUUGCAUACAAGGUUUCCCAAUGAGUACAAGAUUUUCAGUUUGGCUACUAUCGCUUCCUCUUUCGCAUUGCCUUUGUUCAUUAGGGAAUUUCAGGGAUGGGACCCACUCCAAAAUCCAACACAUGGGUUAAAUGUUAUGUCGUUAUGGAAGGAUCUUCUUGAAGAAGAUGAGAUAUUUGAUUCGCUUUUCAUGGAGGUUGUGUUCCCUGCUGUUGUUAGAUUAUCUGGCACCGACACCUGGCAAGCGCGGGACCCGGAGCCGUUAUUAAGGUUCCUAGAUUCUUGGGAACAGUUACUGCCUCACUCUGUUCUUCAAACCAUACUCGACAACAUUGUCAUGCCUAAGUUAACAUCUGCUGUUGAUUCGUGGGACCCACGUCGCGAAACCAUUCCUAUACACUUGUGGGUCCACCCAUGGCUUCCUUUAUUAGGCUCGAAGCUCGAGACUUUAUAUCAUACGAUACAAAACAGGCUAGAAAGUGUGCUGCACGCGUGGCAUCCGAGUGACAUGUCAGCAUACUAUAUUUUAUCGCCAUGGAAGAUGGUUUUUGAUCCAAUAAGAUGGGAACAGAUAAUGGUUCGAUACAUCAUUCCUAAAUUAUUGGCUGUGAUGCAUGAAUUCGAAGUCAACCCUGCGGAUCAGAAGCUUGACCAGUUUUAUUGGGUGAGGAUUUGGGCUUGUGUGAUUCCGAUUCAUCACAUGCUUCACAUAAUGGAUGUGUUUUUUAACAAAUGGCAAGAGGUUUUGUAUCAAUGGUUAUGUUCAAAGCCGGAUUUUCAAGAAGUGAGAAAGUGGUAUUUGAGUUGGAAGGAUUUGAUUCCAUCUGAGCUUUUAUCAAAUGAGCAUGUAAGAUAUCGGCUUAAUUUGGGUCUGAAUAUGAUGAACCAAGCGGCUGUAGGGCUGGAGGUGAUUCAGUCAAGUUUGAGGGAGUUUGAGGCUCAGAAGGCGGCUGCACAGGUGGCAAAGGGGUGUGCGACAGAGGAGAUGGGUGGUGGUGUUAUGAGUUUGAAGGAGGUUAUUGAGGUUCAUGCACAACAAAAUAAUUUGAUGUUUAAACCUAAAGUGGGGAGAAUGAAAGAUGGACAUCAGGUUUAUGGAUUUGGGAAAGUUAGUAUGAUUAUAGACUCUUUGAAUCAGAAGGUGUAUGCUCAGAUUGAAGAUAAGUGGUCUCUUGUAACACUUGAGCAAUUGGUGAAGCUGGAGAAGAGUUAUGUUUUGAGAAGACAUUGA